AUACAAUAACAUAUGUUUUAUAGUCGAACUAUUUACACGAAAGAACACAUUUUGGUAUUACUAGAAGUUGAAACAUAGCGAAAAUGGGUCAAAACAUGAGCCUGGAUCCGGCGGCCGAUGAAGCUGGUUACAAAGAAGACAAGUUCGCCGACGAACGUGUCAGGAAGAACUUCGUGUCCAAGGUAUACGGCAUACUUACACUGCAGUUGAUCUUCAGUUCCAUCCUAAUUUUUGGUCUCACGUACGACGAGAAUAUAAGGGAGUGGAUCUUUGACAGGCCGUGGUUAUGCAUCAUUUUUGCUGUGUCGGGAAUAGUGGUGUAUAUGAUUCUGGCUUGCUGUGAUUCCGUCAGGAGAACCGCCCCAUGCAACAGUAUCCUUCUAGCAGUGAUGACAGCCUGCUAUGCUUUGACAGCGGCUACCGCUGCGGCCCAGUAUGAGUUGUUCGUCGUUUACCUGGCGUUUUUAUCAACUGGGCUGAUAACCAUAGUGAUGACACUUUUUGCAAAGUUUGCCCCGUGCGACAUCACCGGUUGCGGACCAGUUUUCUGCAUUGUGGGAUUGGCUAUCCUUGUUUUCGGCAUUGUGGCUAGCAUUGUGUCGAUUUUCAUUUUCGCUCCUAUACUCCAUCUUUUGCUUGCCGGGGUUAUGGUCGUAUUUUUAUCCCUUUACCUCAUUUUCAUCACGCAGCUGAUCAUCGGAGGGAAAAGAGAGUCGAUUAGCCCAGACGAAGUUAUUCUCGCUGUAAUAAUUCUCUACGUAACGAUAAUUGAGCUUUUCAUGUACUUGCUAGCCAUUAUACAAGCUUGCUUCGGAGAAUAAAUCGAUGCCGUUCCUGAAGGUCACCUUCUUCUCUGCCGUCCAAAUUCCUGACUUCAUAUUGACAUGUCCGUGAAGAAGAAACACAAUAGCAGAUUUUUUUGUUAAGUUUUAAAAUAUUGAAAGUGUAAAUUCCGUUGAGUCAUUGUUCAAUACAGAUGUUAAUGCAA